AGCCUUCCUGCUUCCUCUUCCUUCAAGAUGGCGGUCCUAGUCAUCGCCACGGCUGGGCUGUUCUUGCUGCCGCUCCUGCUGUUGCUAUGGCAACGGCGGUUGAGGCCUAGCGGGACCCAGUCCCGAGUGGCGGUAGUGGUCUUGGGGGACCUGGGACGCAGCCCCCGCAUGCAGUACCAUGCGCUCUCGCUGGCUCUCCGCGGGCGCCGCGUCACCUUGGUCGGCUACCCAGGCACGCACCCACACGGUGACAUUAUACGUAAUGGAAACAUCGAGAUUGUCCAUAUGACUGAGCUGAAAGUCUGGCAAGUUGGGCCAAAAGUUUUCCAGUAUCUUGCAAAAGUCAUUUUGCAGAGCCUCCAGUUGUUGUAUACGAUGCUGAGUAUAAACAAACCGGGUCAUGUCCUCCUCCAGAAUCCUCCAGGUCUGCCCAGCCUAGCAGUGACAUGGUUGGUUUGUCUUCUCCAAGGGAGCAAGUUCAUCAUCGAUUGGCACAACUAUGGCUAUACAAUCAUGAGUCUGACGCAUGGAAAGAGGCACCCUAUAGUGCGGAUUGCAAAAUGGUAUGAAGAAUUCUUUGGCCGCUUCUCUGAUGACAACAUUUGUGUGACGAAUGCAAUGAAAGAGGAUCUUGGGAAGAACUGUAAUAUUAGAGCAAUAACCUUGUAUGACAAGCCGGCAUCAUUCUUCAAGGAGACACCUUUGAGUGACCAGCAUCACUUAUUUAUGAAACUCGUCAAAGACUAUGCUCCCUUUAGAGCCCUGCCAGCAGCAGAGUCCAAUCUCCCAGGUGAAGUUGAGAAAUCUGCUUUUACACAACUUGAUGUCAGAAGUGGGAAUGUGAUGCUCCAAAAGGACCGACCGGCUCUCCUCGUCAGUAGCACUAGCUGGACAGAGGAUGAAGAUUUUUCCAUCCUCUUAGAAGCCUUAGAAGACUAUGAAAAUGCUCUCAAUGGUGGAACAAAACUGCCUCCUUUAGUCUGUGUAAUAACAGGCAAAGGACCCCUGAAGGAAUAUUAUAACAAGCUGAUUGAAAAACUGAAGUUCAAGCAUAUCCAGAUCUGCACUCCCUGGUUGGAAGCGGAGGACUACCCUGUCCUGCUUGGUUCAGCAGACUUGGGCGUUUGCCUCCAUAAGUCUUCCAGUGGGUUGGAUCUGCCAAUGAAGGUGGUGGACAUGUUUGGCUGCUGCCUGCCUGUCUGUGCAGUCCACUUCCAGUGUUUACAUGAGCUUGUGAAGCAUGAAGUGAAUGGUUUGGUGUUCAAGGACUCGAGUGAACUUGCAGAGCAACUGAAGAUGCUGUUCUGGGAAUUCCCUGCUGUGGAGGGCAAACUGAGCUUAUUCCGAAGAAACCUGCGCUCGGCCCGGCAGCUGCGGUGGGACGAAAGUUGGGAACAGGCAGUCCUUCCUCUCUUCAGCAGCAGCUCAGCCAAACAACAUAGAAGUUAA